AUGACUCCACGUUCACGUCGUCGAAAGCACGCCAUCUCCCAACUCAACUUAAUGGUGGUCGGCUUCAAAUCCCUCGGGAAAACGUCAUUUAUUCGUAUGCUUUUCGAUACACUUCGUAUUCGACGAGAAGAUAACAUUCAGUUACCGGCUUCGCUGUUUCAAACUGCCGAGAAACCAGGAGACGCCGAAGCUGCAAGUACAAAGGAGUUAUACUCGUUUACGUUGGACGUCGAGGAAGAAAAUGAAAAGAUUUCGUUGACGUUGGUUGAUUGUCCUGGAUUCAUUAAAGAUAAUGAAUUGCGACUUGAUGUUCAAGUUACCGAGGCCUUACGUUAUAUUGAGGCUCAAUUCGAUUUAACAUUAGCCGAGGAAACUAAAGUUAAACGAAAUCCUAAAGCUCUAGAUAGUCAAAUUCAUGCAUGUCUUUACUUCAUUGAUAAUGCGAAUAAUGGUCUGACUGAUAAAGAUAUUCGCAUUCUAAAGCGUCUAACGGCACGUGUGAAUGUAAUACCAGUGGUCGCCAAAGCAGAUCUUUUAACCACAUCACAACUUGCCAAUUUAAAAAAGACAAUCAAUCGAGAUCUGAAAUUCCAUCAAAUCCCCGUAUUUGAAUUUGCUGAAGCAGAAGAAGACACAGACAUAGAUCAAGAGUUAGAAGACGGUGAGGAACAAGAACAAACAGCAUCCUCAUUCCAAUCUAUGAUCCCAUUCUCCUUAAUCGCGCCCGAAGACGCAAUCAUCACAGACCCAAAUACCAGCGAACGAAUUCGCGGGCGUCAAUUCCCAUGGGGGAUUAUCGAUUGCCUGAAUCCGAAACAUUGCGACUUUGUCGUGCUCCGAAAUGUCUUGUUGACGAGUCAUCGUAAAUUAUUCAAGGACCGUACGCUAGAAUCUUUUUACGAACAAUAUCGUACGGAAAGAUUGUUGGCCAGAAAGGCGAGUAAGAUGAUCACCAAGGAACAGAAGAAGAAACUGUUGGAGGAUUUGUCGGAAAUCUAG